AUGAGCACGGAAGAUAGAGAAUCGCUGGAGAGCAACGUCCAGGAAUAUAAAGACGUCGAAUCGGGAGUGUACAGGGGAGAGGAACGUCCGAAUGACAGUAAUGAAUUGACGAAAACUGUAUCCAAAAUCAGUGGACUGGUUAGAAAGCUUACGCAUGGCGAAACCAAUGACGAGGAAGACGACCGCGAAAGGCUCGAAAGACUGAUCAGCAAUAAUUCCCAGGCCAUCUCGCGUCUUCUCACAAAUUAUGAGGAAGGCUACGGAAGUUUAGGGCCAGUUGAGCAGCCGAUUGAUCAUGAAAAAACUGCAACCGAGUUCACACCUGAUCCGGUGACGGAUUUCCACGAAAACGAUCCAUGGAAAUAUCCUAUUUGUCAGGAGACGCGUAUGAGACUUGUGGUCUUUGUGGACGGUGACGAGAAAAAUCCUCAAAACUGGGGGAAAGGCUACAAAUGGUUUUUGACUAUGCUUUUGGGUACCAUAUGCUUCAACGUGGCAUUGGCAUCUGCUAUUGUCACGGGAUAUAUGAAGGGGCCAAUGAUUUCUUUUGGAGUUUCCGAGGAAGUCGUUAUUCUCACCGUCACUUUGUUUGUCUUGGGCUUUGGUUUUGGCCCCUUGCUUUUCGCUCCUCUGUCGGAGGAAUUUGGGAGAAACGCGGUUUACUUCUCAACAUUACUGGUUGCAGUGAUUUUCAUCAUUCCAUGUGCCUUGGCGAAAAAUAUUGGAACCCUGCUUGUGUGCCGACUAAUUGACGGUCUGGCCUUUUCGGCACCAAUGUGUUUGAUUGGAGGUAGUUUAGCAGAUCUCUGGAAAAUCGAAGAAAGAGGUCUGGCCAUGACUAUCUUUUCUGCUGCUCCUUUCAUUGGUCCCGUCAUUGGUCCAUUGAUCGGUGGCUAUAUAGGUGACAAUGUUGGCUGGAGAUGGCUCUACUGGGUGUUGCUAAUUUUCAGCGGCGCCAUGUACGUUCUGUUUGUCAUUUUUAUGCCUGAAACUUCGCACAGCACAAUUCUGAAGGCUAGAGCUAAGAAGCUCAGAAAAACCACCGGCGACGACAGAUACAGAGCUCUGCCUGAGCUCAAGGUCAGAACCGCCAAACAGGUCGCAGAGGAGACUUUGCUUAGACCAUUGAUCCUUCUGUCGGAACUGAUUGUGUUCUUGAUCACCAUUUACAUGUCAGUCAUAUACGGCCUGCUUUACAUGUUCUUCUUCGCCUAUCCUGUGGUUUACAGCGAAGGUAAGGGAUGGUCCGAUUCCAAGACGGGCCUUAUGUUCAUUCCAAUUGCUGUUGGUGUUUUGUCUGCUGCUGCUGUCUCACCUAUAAUCAACAAAAAAUACAAUGAAAUGGCUGACACUUACCGAAGCAAAGGCGAGAUUCCUCCUGCCGAGCUCCGACUAAUUCCUAUGAUGAUUGGUUGCUGGUUUGUUCCUAUUGGACUAUUCGCGUUCGCAUGGUCUUCGUACCCUCGCAUCUCCUGGGCAGGACCUUGCUUUUCGGGAUUCUCGUGCGGUCUGGGUUUCAAUCUUCUUUACAACCCGGCCAACAAUUAUAUUGUGGACUCUUAUCAACACUAUGCAGCUUCUGCCUUGGCCGCAAAGACGUUCGUCAGAUCAAUAUGGGGAGCCUGUGUUCCUCUUUUCACCAUCCAAAUGUAUCACCGACUGGGCUACGAAUGGGCCUCCACCUUGAUGGCCUUCAUUUCGCUAGCAUGCUGUGCUAUCCCAUUUGCAUUCUACGUCUACGGUGCCAGAAUCAGAAAAUGGAGCAGAUACGCUUAUUCACCUACUCCUGACGCUGCCGUCAAGGACGACAACUCUGAAUCCACCACAAAUAAGAACUAG